GCGUAAUUGCUGGGUCUAAAGUAAUCAAUAUGAAAGUUAAGUUUCGUUUUGCCUGUAGGAAUAUGUAAUUUGUAAACAAUGAAAUUAAUUUCACAAAAUUUUACUCAGAUUAUUUUAAGAAGUUUCUGCAAUUUCUAUUAGGCUUCUUCUGGAAGAAUAAUAAUACUUCUUUUGUAAACAUAAUUUGAAAUUUUGUACUGUAGUACUAGAAAUCGCUGCAUAAUUUUUGCCAUGAUAUUUCGAUAUCCUAAACGAAGAUUUCGCUAUAAAAUAGCAAUUUUAAUCGUUGGUAUUGUUGUGGUAUUUUAUGUGGGCAUCAUUAUUCUAAAUUUGGUUGAAGAAACAGAGGAAGAUUUAACUUUUCAUAUUCAACAAGACCCACCAAGCAGCAAAAGUUAUCCUAUCUUAAUUUGGUGGACACCUUUUACUGGUGACAGUGGUUCUUACAAAAAAUGUGGCAAACACUGGUGCUACUUUACAGACCAGAGAAAGUUUUCUUCUGAUCCUCUUACCAAAGGAUUUCUUUUCUAUGGAAGUGAUUUUAAACCAACUGAUUUGCCACUCCCUAGAGACGCACAUUAUGAUUGGGCGUUGCUACAUGAAGAAUCACCUAAAAAUAAUUUUCUGUUGUCAAUGGAAAAAGUUCUGAGAAUGUUCAACCAUACAGCAACAUUUCGUAGACAUUCUGAUCUUCCUCUUACGUUUCAAUAUUUGGAAGGUAUAGAUUCAAUUGUGUCUAAGAAAUACUUCAUUCCAACUGCAGCAAAGAAUGAGAAAGCAAAGCAUUUAGCUCCCAUUGUUUAUUUGCACUCUGAUUGCAAUACACCAUCUGAACGAGAUUCAUAUGUAGAAGAGUUGGCUAAAUAUAUUCCUGUAGAUUCCUAUGGGAAGUGUUUACAAAAUAAACACCUGCCUCCUCAUCUUUCAGAUUCUAUGACAUCUAUGGUUUCAGACGACUUGUUUGAAAUAUUGGCUCAGUAUAAGUUCCAUCUUGCAAUUGAAAAUGCUGUUUGUGAUGAUUAUAUUACGGAGAAAUUAUGGCGACCUCUGACAGUUGGAUCAGUUCCUAUUUAUUUUGGAUCUCCGGUGAUUGAAGAUUGGCUACCUAAUCCAAAUUCUGCAAUAUUACUGAAGAAUUUUAAAAAUCCCAAAGAGCUGGCGAAUUAUUUGUUGUUUUUGCACAAAAAUGAUACUGCUUAUGAUCAACAUCUUGAACAUAAGACAAAAGGAUUAGUGUCAAAUAACAAACUCACUGAAGCUCUGUCUCUUAGAGAGUGGGGUAUAAAUAAUGAUCCAAAAAGGAAAAACUUUAUUGAUUGUUUUGAAUGUAUGGUUUGCAAAAGAGUUGCUGCAAAUUUCCAACGUGAGCAAAAUGGUUUGCCUCCUUUAAGUUAUGAAGCCACUUUUGAACAUUACGGCUGCCCAAAGCCAGUUCCACCUUUUACACUAAAGUCAGACACUGAUGGUUGGUGGCCAGAGCUAUAUAACAAAGCUGUUUAUGAAGCAAAUGCUUUAGAAAAUCUUAUAUCAAAAGGCGCCAAUUUUUCAUCUACUGAUUUUUAUCAAGAAGUAAUCAAAUUACUUGAAAAUUCUGGUGUGAGGUAAUAAAAUGUUUUUGAUUUUUAGAUUUUUUUUCCCUACUGUUGUCUAUAUGUGCAUUUUGUAUUGUGAGACAUUAGUAUCUUGAAUUUAAAUAUAUUGUUUUUGACUUUAAAUGCUUAGCGUUUUUGAUUUGCUUUAUGUUUGUGACUUUUAGUACUUUCUAGUCUUUGAGUACUUUAUAAUUCUUGACUUAAAGUGCUAUGUAACUUUGUAUUUAAAUAUUAUUUUCUUACACUGUCUGUAUUAUAUAAAUUUUACUUUCUUAUACUGUAUUUAAA